ACCCCCCCCCACCCCCAAUGCCAGCCAUGAUAGAGAAGGGCCCGGAGAUCUCAGGCAAAAGAAGGGGCAGGAACAAUAAUGCCAACAGCCAGGCGAGCGGCGCUGCUUCUCACAGCGCCUCUGCCUCCGUCUCAGCCGGCAGCGCCAACAAUGGUAAUAAUAGUAAAAGUUUGGCAGCGGCGGCGGCGCCCAAUGGCAAUGGCAGCAGCGCCGCCAACUCUUGGGAAGAGGGCAGUUCGGGGUCUUCCAGCGAUGAGGAGCAUGGAGGAGGAGGAAUGAGAGUGGGACCCCAAUACCAAGCCGUCGUUCCCGACUUCGAUCCUGCUAAACUUGCAAAGCGGUCCCAGGAGAGAGAAAAUCUUGGUAUGCUGGUCUGGUCACCCAACCAGAAUAUUUCUGAAGCAAAGUUGGAUGAAUACAUCGCUAUUGCAAAAGAAAAGCACGGCUACAACAUGGAGCAGGCCCUGGGGAUGCUGUUUUGGCACAAGCACAACAUUGAGAAAUCUCUGGCUGACCUGCCCAACUUCACCCCCUUCCCAGACGAAUGGACGGUUGAAGACAAAGUCUUGUUCGAGCAGGCUUUCAGUUUCCACGGAAAAACAUUUCACCGUAUUCAGCAAAUGCUUCCUGACAAAUCGAUAGCAAGCCUGGUGAAGUUCUACUACUCCUGGAAAAAGACGAGAACCAAAACGAGCGUCAUGGAUCGCCAUGCUCGGAAGCAGAAAAGGGAGAGGGAAGAAAGCGAGGAUGAAAUAGAAGAAGCAAAUGGAACUAACCCUAUCGAUAUUGAGGUUGAACAAAACAAGGAGAACAAAAAAGAGAUUUCUACUUUGCAGGUCCCCCCAGUGGAAACAGUUCCUCAGGUGAAGAAGGAAAAGCACAGUACCCAGGCAGCUAAGAACAGAGCCAAGAGGAAACCUCCCAAAGGAAUGUUCCUCUCUCAAGAAGAUGUGGAGGCAGUCUCCGCCAACGCGACAGCUGCUACCACCUUGCUGAGGCAACUGGAUAUGGAAUUGGUCUCCAUCAAACGGCAGAUUCAGAAUAUCAAGCAAACAAACAGCGCUCUGAAAGAGAAACUUGAAGGAGGAGUCGAACAAUAUCGGCUGCCAGAGGUUACGCUGAAAUGCAACGCACGCUGGACCACCGACGAGCAGCUUCUUGCUGUACAAGCCAUCAGGAAAUACGGUCGAGAUUUUCAGGCAAUCUCUGAUGUGAUUGGAAACAAGUCUGUGGUGCAGGUGAAGAACUUUUUUGUAAAUUACCGACGGCGUUUUAACAUAGACGAAGUCCUACAGGAGUGGGAAGCAGAGCAUGGCAAAGAAGAGACGAAUGGAACUAGUACGCAGAAACCCAUAAAGUCACCAGAUAAUACCAUUAAAGUUUCUGAAGAAGAAGAUGAGGCAACUUCUGUUUUGGAUGUCAGAUAUACAUCCGCAUCAUGAGAAACUCAGGUAGCAAUGCAGAACAAUGUCAAUGUUUUGACUACUGUUGGUUAUCCAUGAUAUCAGGUAUUAGCAAAACCUCAAGACAGCCAUCAUAUCUCCGUGGACAAGCAGCUAUUACCAAAAAGAGAGAGAGAGAGAGA